AUGGAUCUCUACUCGACCUCGUUUACCAUCCCACGCUCGAUCGGUGCGAGCUCGUUCGCUUCCGAUUCCUCCAAUCAAAAUGUGAAUGCCACCGCAUCAUCGUCGUCGGGAGUGGGCCUCGAUGCACUUCGAGCAGGUGCACGCCCCGCCCCUCCCGCCUCGGCUGCUCCUGAGCCUCCGGCAUCCUCCUUGCCCGGUCGAUUCACCUCAAUGCGCUCACGCUUUCCUCCUAGCGUCAAGGCAUUCAUGCCCAGUGCUUUCGGCGGCAAGCGCACAAAUGAUCGCAUCGUCGAAGCGGUAGGUGCUGAAAAGGCCGACGGCGACGCUGCUGCUGCUGCGGCAGCUUCCUCGUCUCAGUCUGCCCCGUCAAGUACCGAGACGGAAGGCCCUGCGCCGCUAGCGCCCAUCGGAGAACGAGGCAAUGCACGACCUUCCAGGGUGGCUGGCUCAAACUUGGUCGACGACAAUGCAGGUAGCCAGCACCGAGACAGCAGGUCCACGGUCGGCACACGUUCCAGCUUCGACAUCUCCUCCGCGGCGUCCUUCACCGCUGACAGCACGGCAGCCAGCAGUGCCAUCGGUGCCAACCCGUCAAGCACGACACACUCGGCUUCAAAUUCCAUCUCGCUCAAUCACCCGCAGCACGAGCGUGGCAUGACGCAGUCGCAGAGCAGCAAAGACCUGCAAGAGGCCAUACAGAAGCUCAGCUCCGACGUCAUGGCCAAUCACCAAUGCCUCGUCUCCUUUGCACCAGUCCCGCAGCCUGAUGAAUCACGCAUGCCUCCAACGCCUCUCUCGCAUCCUUUCCCCCGUCAGAGCUCCUUCUCCUCUCUGCAAAGCCUCGACCAGCUGCCUCUGCCCAACACCAACGGCUCCGGCGGCUCCGGCUACCCUUACCAGCAGUACCACCCUCAGCCCAUUGGUACGCCGGACACGCACUCGUCUGCCUACUUCGCCGGUCGAUCCGGUGGGGAAGCGCUCGGCUCUGGUUUCCCUGGUCUCAACGCAAGCUCGCUGUCGCUCUCGUCGCUCAAUCCGCAGUCUGGCAGUCACAUCGCACAGGAGGUUGGGCUGUCCUCGGCUCAGCCCCUGCGAUCGCCGCAUCCCAAUGCAGCAGGCGUACCACGAGCUAGCCUCAGCGGUGCAAGCAAGCCACCGCAGUACAAUUUCCAUCUCAGUGGUGGCUACCAGCAAGUCAUGAACGCACGUGGGACGAUCCUGCGAGAGAAUCCGUUCAAGACCACGUCGUCCAUCAAGGUCUCCCGUGCUGAUGUGUUCGACAUCGCCCCCGGCCAGUCGCCGCCUGGCAAGGAGAGCAUCAAGGAAGACGUCCGACGCAAGCUCGAUGACGUUCAGACGGCUACGGGUGCGACCAUCACGCUCAAGAACGCCGAAGUACGUGGCGCCGAUCUCGGAUACGGUCUCGAGACCGAGCGCAUUGUUGAAGUGCUCGUAUCCGGACCCUUCGAGAGCGUCGAGCUGGCGCGCGUCAAGGUGCUUGUCAUCUUUGACGAGAUCGCAGGACUCAAGCCCGAGACGUGCGAGAUCGACUACAAGCUGCACAACAUCAUCGGCGGUCGCAAGCGAUGCGUCCUGCAAAAGAUUGAGGAAGAGACCGGCACCAGCAUCUACCUGCCCAGCUCCUUCCUCGGCACCUUUGGCUCCAAUCUCGCCACUCGCAGCGACGCAAGCGGUGUCGCUGCUCACCAGAAUCAGAUCCACAUCACGGGCGAGUUCUUUGGCGUUCAGCGUGCUCGCGACAUGCUGUUCCAGGUCUCGAUGCAUAAGAGCAAAGGUAUCAUCUCGCGCGAUGCCGCCAUCUUGCCUCGCAAGCUCGAUUGGAUGCUCACCGAGCGACUCGAGGAGCUGCGAUCCAUCAUGAUCGACAACGGCACCUUUGUUGCUUUCCCACUGCUCGGCAGCCAAUCGAGCGUCAUUUCUGUGUUUGGCGACCACCGCGUCAACAUCGAGCGUACCAUCCGAUCGAUCAUGCAGCUCGCGUGUUCGUUCUAUGUGGCCUCGCUCUGGCUGCUGCCGGUGGGCUUCGACGUCUACAUGCCUUCGCAGGCCAACCUCAACCCGACCCAAGUUGCCCCCGUGCUCAAGCACGUCAGCAAUGCUUCUGGCGCCGAAGUCGUCUUCAAGAGCAACUGCUUCGAGAUCCAUGGUCUUGAGUCCGAGGUGCGCACCGCUGUCUCCGCGCUGCUCGAGCUGGAUCUGAUGAAGAGCUUCAACUUUGAGGUGCGCUUCCAGAUCGAGCUGGCCAACGAGCACCGCGAAUUCAUCUCGGGCAAAAAGAACGGCAAGGUCAACAAGGUCAUGAAGCAGUGCGGCGUCCGCAUCAAGUUCGAGACCUUCAACGACUACAACUUCUUGAUCGAUGUCUCUGGCAACGACCGCAACGGUGUCUUGCAGGGCCUUGGCUUGCUGCAGGAGGAGCUGCCCGCCGAAAUGUCAUUCCACGUGCCCGAGGCUUACCACAAGCGCAUCAUUGGUGUCGGUGGCAAGAACAUUCAGCGCAUCAUGAAGAAGUUCGGCGUGUACGUCAAGUUCAGCAACGCCGAAGAGUUCGCUGCGUUGGGAGGCUACCUCGACAACGAAGACAACGUCAUUGCUCGCACGCCGGCCAAGAAUGCGGUCAAUCUCGAGAACCUCAAGCUCUCGGUUAUGGAGCUAGUCAACCCGAAGGAUAAGGACUACAUUAGCGAGACGGUCACCAUCUCGCGCCGAUACCACCGCACGCUGCUGGGCGAGAAGGCGAUCUUCAUCCACGACAUUGAGAGCAAGACGAGCUCGAGUGUUCGCUUCCCUGCGCGGGAGUCGGCGUCCGAUCUGGUGACCAUCUUUGGCCCGGAGUCGCAGAUCCACAUCGCUGCGCAGAUGCUGCUCGAUCACGUCCCCUUCGAGGCCGAGUUCCGUGCACCCAACUCGACAGAGCUCGCAGAGGCUAUUCAGAGUGACGAGUUCACUGCGCUGGCCGAGCAGCUCAAGCGAGAUCUCAGCAUCACUGUCUCGCCUGUCAUCGAGCAGCGACGCCCCGGAGGUGAGGCGGUCUUUAAGCUGCGACUCAACAGGAGCAACACGGAUUUCUUGCCCACCGCCAAGGAUGCCAUCGAGGACUUCCUGAUCAACCGCAACGCCAACAUCUACGCCGCACCAUCUCGAGCUCGCUCCGACUCGUUCGCCUCGGCCUUCCCACACUUUGCCAACAAGCUCAUCUCGACGGCUGCGGCGGCCGAGUCGACCGAGUCGUUCCAUCAAACAGCUGCAGCCAAUGCAGCCGCCGAGCAAGCGCGUGCGAACGAGCGCAGAGUUCGUGCUGCGGCUUCGACGCCCGAUAUCAAGGCGCUCUUUGAUUCGCCUGGCCAGCACCUUGGACCAGGAUUCCCGACUGGCAAUGGUGCCAUCGCGGCUACAGCGGCCAACUCGCCGAUGAUCACCUCUUCGCUCUACGCUUCGCCGUACGGCAACGGGCGUGGAUUUGGCAGCGAUGUAUGGGGCGCGCCUACGCGUGCCUUCACGACGAGCACCACGAGCAGCAACGCGCCGAGCUUUGUUGGGCUGCCGCCGCCUGGCGUGGGCCCGCAAGGCGCGGGGCUGCCCAGCCCUGCAAUCACUGGUGCUAUCGGUGCUGGUGUGCCAACGACGCCAGGAGGCAUUCAGUUCCCUUCGCAGCCCUCCUUGCACCAUCAGCAGAGCGGUCCUCGACUGUCGGACGAGAUGCACAUGAACCGCGGCUUGGAGGGCAUGUCGAUGGAUGACCGAGUCAAGGCGCUCCGCAAGCCGCGUUCGUUUGCGCAUCGAGCCCAGAGCCUCGAUAUCGGAGCCAUGGCGGCCCAGCAGGCUUCGCAGCACGCUAGUGGUAGUAUGAGCGUUGGGCCAUCGACUCCAUUUGGGCUCGGUCCGAUCGGAACGGGUGCGCCGAGCAUGACGGGUCACUUCCCUGGUAUGGGAGGCUCGCAAUCGAGUUUCACCUCGGGUGCACCUCAUCACCUCUAUGGCCCUCCCACACCGCAGGGCAGCCUGCCUCAGCAACAGAAACAACUUCACCAACAGCAGCAAGGAUACGGCAUGCCUCAUCAGCCUCAACACCUCCAUGCAUCAUCUGCUAGCAUUUCGCGCCUCCCACCUGGCCGCAACACGCAGAACCUCGAUCCCACCACCAUGGACGAAGUGAGCCGCGUUCUCGCCCAACUCGCUUUCGACCGCCCCUAG